UGGGUCAUUCCAAAAAUGGCGGCGGGUUCUGUUAGUGUGAAGUGAAACUUUCCAAAUAUUGCUGAUAAAACAUAGCUAUUCUUUAAUCCAUUUGAAUGAUUAUCGUCGAGCAGAUAUUGAAGCAAUUAUGAUUGGAUUACUGCUGUACCUGACGUCAAGCAACACGAUCGAAUGACAUCGUGAUUUUGAGAUCGCGAACGGUGGGCUUUCCUCAAAGUUGACGGUAGCAAGAGUGCCUUUCAUUGAAUGUGAUCAUAACGAUUGUUGUUGUCAUCCCUACACGGAACUCGGACAACCCGUUAAGGCUAGCUAGCUAGCCCGUUAAAUUACGUUGGAUUCUUCUUUUACCGGCUAUUUUUUCUCAACCAGAUUGCCUUGUUUGUAAAUCGGGGUCAGGGCUCCGGUGCCCGUUUUACGUCAUCCGUCAACCAUAGGUUGAUGCUCGUCAAUGUUGUGUGCCCUGUUGCAACGAAUUUCUUGAUUUGCUAACAGCAUAACGUAAGUAAUUUUGCCCGCUAACUUGCCUAUAAUGUGAUAGUCUGUAUGCUUGCUGUGGCUAACUAUAGCUGGUUGACAACAGUAUUAGUAUUGGUCAGCUGAUGGCAAGCCAUCAAUCAAGAUAGCUAGGGUGCGUUCAGCAGGGCACAAUGUUGUGGAACGUUACAAACAUGCCUCUCUGACAUGUAGAAUAAGGAACCACGACACUCAGCCCAGUCAAAGCGAUUCUCUGUCCUGGCACCCCACUGGUGGAACAAGCUUCCCCCUAAUGUCAGGACAGGGGAGUCUCUGCCCAUCUUCUGCAAAUGUAUCUGUAACCCUACCUCAUCAAAAUAGUAUCUUAAAUAAGAAAACAAUUCCCUACACUUGUCUUUUCCUGCUAGUACUGACUUCUCUGAUAACGACUUUAUUGAGGGAAAAUGUACUUUCUACCACUGUGGUAUGUUGUCUCACUUAACUAUCUUAGGAUGAAUGUACUAAUUGUAUGUCUCUCUGGAUAAGAGCGUCUGCAAAAUAAAAAAUAAAACAAUAAAAAUAGAUCUAUUAAUGUUAUUUCUAACUGCAACGUUCCACAACAUUUGCCUACUGAAUGUGGCCCAUGUUUAAUGACUUGGCAAAGAUGUAGGUCAAAUAGCAAGCAGAUGAAGUAACUUAGGCCUGACCAGGAUUUAGCCUGGGUCUGGUUUAUCAAAGCAUAAGAUGUAUGUAGUAGAGCUGGGACGAUAAACUGAAAAUCAUAGACAUAUGAAAUUUUAACACCGAUCAUACCAAUCACUUAUCGCAGCCAUUUUGCUGAUACCGUUCAUUACGAUAAGUAGCCUAUACUAGAGAAAUGUGAAGUUUGAAAUUAAAUACGUUUGCUAAUAUGGGUAAUUUAAAGGAUCAUUCAAAAAAACUGUGGUGCAAAUUAAUGUUAUAAAUGUAUCGUUCUAUUUAUCAUUAUCACAUCAAUUCAGGCAAUUUAUUGCGAUAUUGAUUUUUGUUCAUAUUGCCAAUCUCUAGUAUGUAGCAUCAUGGUGGAACAAUGCAACAUUUUAGUGCUCACAUAUAACUGCCAAUUCUGUUGUGUAUGAUAACGUUAGAUUAUAGUCUAGAAAAUGAUGAUUUCCCAUUUCAUAUUUGAUCAGCCUGCCUGUUCAAUUAUCAUUUUGUGUGGAUCCAUUUUGUAUCCUGUCAGUUAGUUUCAAGUUUAAUUUCUCAAAUUAUCUAUGUUCAGUAAACUGAUGACAUUUGACAUUGACAGCUCACUUUCUCCUCCCAUCUGAUUGACAGCUGUCCUGGCAAAUCAAUGGACAAGCUUCAGGACCUUAGCCAAUCCGAGUUGGAGGAUUUGCUGAACAACACAGAGCGGGUGGAGUCCAUGGCAUUGGAAUCUGAUGAGGUAAGCAAUCACGUCUUUGCUUUGUCUUAUUGUCUGUCUAUUGUGUCUUAAAUAGAUUGAGAUGUAGCCUGGUCCCAGAUCUGUUUGUGCUCUAACCAACACCUAUGGUCAUCAUGUUUGGCGUGACAAUGACCACAGGAGUUUGCAAGACGGCACACAACCGAUCUGGGACCAGGCUAGUCGAGAUGCACCUCUCUUACUGAAAUACCUCCAGUGUUUUGUAUCUGAGUAAGGGAUAAUGAAUAGCCAAGCUUGUCUAUAGGCCUAUCUCUGAGCUGAGGCCUUGUUUUUUCUGUCAGGUCACACGGCUUGUCUAUUACUCAGAGUAGGCCCUAGAUGAAUGAUUAAUCUGAGGAUGGUCAUCUAGGUCUCGUCUCACUCUGACUAGUAGCGAUGUCCAGCCUCAUCCUGCCAUCAACAGUUUCUUUUUUACAAGGACAUAUUGACUUGCUUCUCUUCCAUCUUUGUCCAUAGAUCCAAAACACUAACCUUUGAGUUUGCAUUGAGGUUAAUUUGUUUGUCUUCGCUCUUAUAAUAAUAAUAAUAUGCCAUUUAGCAGACGCUUUUAUCCAAAGCGACUUGCAGUCGUGUGCAUACAUUUUUACGAAUGGGUGGUCCCGGGUAUCGAACCCACUACCCUGGCGUUACAAGCGCCAUGCUCUACCAAUUGAGCUACAGAGGACCCCUCUUCAUGUGGGGAGUUAUGUUCGCUAGAUGCAAAUGACCUGUCCCUGGCCCAACUCGUCUUGUUAGUUAAGCCAUGUUUAGUUGCUGCUGUCGUGGCUAGCCAGGUCUGCCUAAAAAGCAGGGACUUCCUUGUUUAAAUCAAGUUGAGAUAAGAACAUUGAUAGCGAUAAACACGUCACCAGGCAAACCUGUCCUUAUUAUAGUGUAAACAGUGUCAGUGUGCUAGCUUAGCAUAUAGCGCUGCCUCCCUGAACUACCCUCUGACUGGGCUUGAACCAGGGUCCUCUACCUCACCAACACACGUGACCGCCAGCUUGACAACAUAUGAACCAGUCGAGCUAUAGAAAAGGAUCCAAUUCGAUAGCACCAUUGGCGACAUUUUGAGCUAGCUGUGGAGUAAGCUCACGGCACGAUCAAAUCAAAUCAAAUCAAAUUUUAUUGGUCACAUGCGCCGAAUACAACAGGUGCAGACAUUGCAGUGAAAUGCUUACUUACAGCCCUUAACCAACAGUGCAUUUAUUUUAAACAAAAAAAGUAAGAAUAAAACAACAACAAAAAAAGUGUUGAGAAAAAAAGAGCAGAAGUAAAAAAAGUGACAGUAGGGAGGCUAUAUAUACAGUAAAAUAAAGUGACAGUAGGGAGGCUAUAUAUACAGGGGGGUACCGUUGCAGAGUCAAUGUGCGGGGGCACCGGCUAGUUGAGGUAGUUGAGGUAAUAUGUACAUGUGGGUAGAGUUAAAGUGACUAUGCAUAAAUACUUAACAGAGUAGCAGCAGCGUAAAAAGGAUGGGGUGGGGGGGCAGUGCAAAUAGUCCGGGUAGCCAUGAUUAGCUGUUCAGGAGUCUUAGGGCUUGGGGGUAGAAGCUGUUGAGAAGUCUUUUGGACCUAGACUUAGCACUCCGGUACCGCUUGCCGUGCGGUAGCAGAGAGAACAGUCUAUGACUAGGGUGGCUGGAGUCUUUGACAAUUUUGAGGGCCUUCCUCUGACACCACCUGGUAUAGAGGUCCUGGAUGGCAGGGAGCUUUGCCCCAGUGAUGUACUGGGCCGUACGCACUACCCUCUGUAGUGCCUUGCGGUCAGAGGCCAAGCAGUUGCCAUACCAGGCGGUGAUGCAACCAGUCAGGAUGCUCUCGAUGGUGCAGCUGUAGAAUUUUUUGAGGAUCUGAGGACCCAUGCCAAAUCUUUUUAGUCUCCUGAGGGGGAAUAGGCUUUGUCGUGCCCUCUUCACGACUGUCUUGGUGUGUUUGGACCAUGAUAGUUCGUUGGUGAUGUGGACACCAAGGAACUUGAAGCUCUCAACCUGUUCCACUACAGCCCCGUCGAUGAGAAUGGGGGCGUGCUCAGUCCUCUUUUUUUUCCUGUAGUCCACAAUCAUCUCCUUUGCCUUGGUCACGUUGAGGGAGAGGUUGUUGUCCUGGCACCACACGGACAGAUCUCUGACCUCCUCCCUAUAGGCUGUCUCAUCGUUGUCGGUGAUCAGGCCUACCACUGUUGUGUCGUCGGCAAACUUAAUGAUGGUGUUGGAGUCGUGCCUGGCCAUGCAGUCAUGGGUGAACAGAGAGUACAGGAGGGGACUGAGCACGCACCCCUGAGGGGCCCCCGUGUUGAGGAUCAGUGUGGCAGAUGUGUUGUUACCUACCCUUACCACCUGGGGGCGGCCCGUCAGGAAGUCCAGGAUCCAGUUGCAGAGGGAGGUGUUUAGUCCCAGGAUCCUUAGCUUAGUGAUGAGCUUAGAGGGCACUAUGGUGUUGAAUGCUGAGCUGUAGUCAAUGAAUAGCAUUCUCACGUAGGUGUUCCUCUUGUCCAGGUGGGAAAGGGCAGUGUGGAGUGCGAUAGAGAUUGCAUCAUCUGUGGAUCUGUUGGGGCGGUAUGCAAAUUGGAGUGGGUCUAGGGUUUCUGGGAUUAUGCUGUUGAUGUGAGCCAUGACCAGUCUUUCAAAGCACUUCAUGGCUACAGACGUCAGUGCUACGGGUCGGUAGUCAUUUAGGCAGGUUAUCUUAGAGUUCUUGGGCACGGGGACUAUGGUGGUCUGCUUGAAACAUGUUGGUAUUACAGACUCAGUCAGGGACAUGUUGAAAAUGUCAGUGAAGACACUUGCCAGUUGGUCAGCACAUGCUUGGAGUACACGUCCUGGUAAUCCGUCUGGCCCUGCGGCCUUGUGAAUGUUGACCUGCUUAAAAGUCUUACUCACAUCGGCUACGGAGAGCGUGAUCACAUAGUCAUCCGGAACAGCUGGUGCUCUCAUGCAUGCUUCAGUGUUGCUUGCCUCGAAGCGAGCAUAGAAGUGGUUUAGCUCGUCUGGUAGGCUUGUGUCACUGGGCAGCUCGCGGCUGUGCUUCCCUUUGUAGUCUGUAAUAGUUUUCAAGCCAUGCCACAUCCGACGAGCGUCAGAGCCAGUGUAGUAUGAUUCAAUCUUAGACCUGUAUUGACUCUUUGCCUGUUUGAUGGUUCGUCGGAGGUCAUAGCGGGAUUUCUUAUAAGCGUCCGGGUUAGAGUCCCGUUCCUUGAAAGCGGCAGCUCUACCCUUUAGCUCAGUGCGGAUGUUUCCUGUAAUCCAUGGCUUCUGGUUGGGGUAUGUACGUACGGUCACUGUGGGGACGACAUCAUCGAUGCACUUAUUGAUGAAGCCAGUGACUGAUGUGGUGUACUCCUCAAUGCUGUCUGAAGAAUCCCGGAACAUGUUCCAGUCUGUGCUAGCAAAACAGUCCUGUAGCUUAGCAUCUGCGUCACGAUCUUAUCUCUGUUACACUAGCAUAGCCGGGACACUGGUCUCAGAAGGGAGGACCUGGCAGCUUCUGUCAAACGGACUAAUACUGUAUGGCAAUGUCAUCAUUCAACGUAUUGCCAUGAUAUCUCAAUCAUAGUCACGUACAGGGGGAGAGAGUAGUGCCUUGAGCAGAAGUAGAACCCAGGUCCCCUGACCCCAAGACAAACGCACUAUCCACAAUCCCAAUAACGUUAUCCCAAAUGGGAGCGAUCAUAACAUGCUUAUCAAGGCUAGGGUCAUUACGAUCGUUAUGAGAAUUAGCUAGCUAUGUAAGUUAGUGUACAAUGUCUGUUGUACAUGUUCACUGUCAAAUAAUCACAUAAAAAAAAUACAGUUGAGUAUUAUUGACUCCUCUUCCUCCUCCUCGUCUAUAGAUUCAGAACAUCCAGCUGGAGAGGGAGAUGGCGCUGGCCUCCAACCGUAGCCUGGCAGAGCAGAACCUGGACAUUAAGCCUCGCCUGGAGAGACAGAGAGAACAUCUAGUGGAGAGAUACUCUGAACUGGAGGGAGUCAGAGAUACCUACAGACAGCACUGUGACCAGAAAGGUAAGGGAGAGAAGGAUGAGAGAACACCUAAUGGAGAGAUCCUCCAGUUCAGAGUAUGUCAGAGAGACCUACAGACAGCGCUGUGACCAGACCGGUAAGGGAGGGAGGAAUGGACUGAGGAAUGGACUGAGGAAUGGACUGAGGAAUGGACUGAGGAAGGGGAAGGAAGGAAGGAAGGAAAGAAGGAAGGAAGGAAGGAAGGAAGGAAGGAAGGAAGGAAGGAAGGAAGGAGUCAGUCAGAGAGUCCUUCAGACAACACUGUGACCAGACAGGUGAGGGAGGGAUGGAUGGAAUGGGGAGGGAGCGAAGGAUGGAGGGAGGGAGUCAGAGAGACCUACAGACAACACUGUGCCCAGGGAGGGAAGGGAGGGAGGAAGGAGGAGGAGGAGGGAGGGAGGAGGAGGAAGAGGAGGAGGAGGAGGAGGGAGAAGGAAGGAAGGAAAAGAAGGAGAAGGAAGGAAGGAGAGAGGAAAGAAGGAAGGAAGGAGGAGGGAGAGGAGGGAUGGAUCCUAUAUAAGAGGAAGAGAGAGGAUAUGGAUAUGGGAAUAGCAUGAUGGAGAGAUGACAGCGACAUGAGAAUGAGGGAGACAGACAGAUGGCAGGAACAGACUUAAGAGAGAGUGUAGUGUAGUGUAGGGAUAUAUCUUGUCUGGUCUGUUCAGAUCCUGGACAGUCAGUUGGGUUCUACUAGUCAAACACAGUGUUUGCAUCCCAAAUAGCACUCUCUCGCCUAUAUAGGAAAUAGGGUGCCAUUUGGGACUCAGCCUUGGUCUCUACUGGUCAAACACAGACAGACAGACAGACAGACAGAGCCCCCCAGGCUUCCAGAUCUGUCAUGUGUGUCUGUCUGUCUGCCAGGGUCUCCCUGGAUACCACCGCAUAAGCUCCCAUUCCACUGCCGUCAGCACUUUAUCAGGAAGCAGAGCAGGCCUGUGAUCUGUGUACAUGCACACAUACGCUCCUGCAGCCUUGUUUUGUAAGCUUUUCAUGAGAAGCUGUGUUUGUGGUGGUGUCCGUUCGCAGGGUUGGAAUUGGGUACGGAGCAUUUUUACAUGGUGACUUUCCCAUUUCCACCCCUGUCUGUUUGCAUGUGCACGCCUGUUGUAAUGAUGUAUCUGCUAUUAUAGUUAUGUCAUAUGUUUUUCCUAAAGGUGAUUAGGUCAUGUGGAAUGCAUUGUAAUUUCACCCCUAAACCAGUCCUCCUAGUGAUUCAUUUUGACUGGGUGUUAACCUUUACUCUACCAGCAUUAUGGUGCGAGCUUGCCCUCAAUGAGAAGUAUACAAGAGGUAUUUGAAGAUGCAUGAAGGUAGAUUGUCCUGUUACGUGGAUAUCCACGUUUAUCGAACAGUGAGCUUCAUGGCUGAGCUUCAUGAGAUUCGUUCGUUCUCAUUUUUAAAUGUGUUUAAUACACAGGAGGCUGCUGAGGAGAGAACGGCUCAUAAUUAUGGCCGGAACGGAGCAAAUGGAAUGGCAUCAAACACAUGAAAAUCAUGUGUUUGACAUAUUUGAUACCAUUCCACUCCAGCCAUUACCAUGAGCCCGUUCUCCCCAAUUAAGAUGCUGUGGUUUAAUAGGCUUGACAAGAGAAAGUGAAAGAGGGAAAUUGUGCAAAUGAACAAAGUUGUGGUGCAUGCCUUUUCUGAAGGAAGAGCAGCAUGUUUACAUUGAGCAGAUGGGAGAAGAAUGGAGGAGAAAAAAAAUGCUAGUAGGAAGCACUGGGAAAAAAUAUUGCAAACAUUUAGUAGUGAAUUGUAACUUCAUCACCUCUUGUGCGCCGCACAACAGAGACUCGCCGAUAGAUAUCGAACGCUAUUGACUCACCAGCUCGCUUUCUCCCGUUGUGCUAAUUACAAACAAACACGUGACUGGCUCAACUGUUCUGGGGAACUACGGUAAGCUUCGUAAUGUAAAAUAAUGUGACAGGUGAGAUGAAGAACGCGAUCUGCUUUAUCUCCUAACGUAUUGCACAAGGUGACUGCAGGUAUUUACUUAAAGUAGCUACAAAUAUUCACAUUUAUUUAAAAACUUCAAAUAAAUAGUUUUGAGGCUAUUGAAAAACUAUCCCGUGGCUUUUUUCAAGUACCCCGGUACAGACAGUAUACAUUUUUACAUUUAGCAGACGCUCUUAUCCAGAGCGACUUACAGUUAGUGAGUGCAUACAUUAUUAUUAUUUUUUUUAUUUUUAUUUUUUCAUACUGGCCCCCCGUGGGAAUCGAACCCACAACCCUUGCGUUGCAAACGCCAUGCUCUACCAACUGAGCUACAUCCCUGCCGGCCAUUCCCUCCCCUACCCUGGACGAAUUGUGCGCCGCCCCAUGGGUCUCCCGGUCGCGGCCGGCUACGACAGAGCCUGGAUUCGAACCAGGAUCUCUAGUGGCACAGCUAGCACUAGCGACACAGUGCCUUAGACCACUGCGCCACUCGGGAGACGUAUACCGCCCAUAACUAGUGUUUAACAACAGGCCUGAAGAGUUGUGCUGUCAGUGUUGUGUGUCCCUACUGGCACUGACAAGCUUGGCGUUGACAUUGAAGUGUGGGAGGUGUUUAUUUGUCCUCUCUCUUACACUCCCUCCCUCUACAUUGGUCUCUUACUCUCAAUUUCUUUCACUCUCUCUCCCCAUUUCUGCCCCGUCUCUUUUUUAUUCUCUUGCUCUCCCUCUCUUUCCAUUCUCUGCCUCUCUCUCUCUCCCAGAUGGCAUCAUGGGGCAGGCGUCACCAGAGGGGUUGUUCUCCAGACUCCAGACAGAGGGCGCCAGCACAGAGACGGAGUCAGAGGUGAGAGGCCACAAUGGCGGACUACUCAGGCGGAAAAUGAAACAGACAGAUUAUAUUGUUGAUGAGUAUGGGGGUAAUAUCUAUCUAUCCUAAAACACAGGGCCAAUGACGACAAAAUGAUCUACAUAUCUCUUACUCUAUUCAACUCCGUACAGAGGACCAGCAGUUGGAAUAAGACAUAAUAAUAAUAAUAAUUAAUAAUAAUAGUAAUAAUAAAUCAUAACUUUGUUAGUUGCAUUUUCAGACAUUGUGAAUAAAGUGAGGGUAGAAAGUAAGAGGCUGAGAUUAUCAUUGAAUACGGAAUUUUGCUUGUCCAUAUUUACCCUCUUCCCUAUCUCCCUUUUAUUUAAUUCUGGCUCUCUCUUUUUCCCCCUCUCUCCUUCAGUCUCUGGCAGAUGAGUUUCUGGACGGCCAGCUGUCUCUGGACUCGUUCCUUGACCGUUUCCUCUCCCUCCGCUCCCUCGCUCACAAAAGACGAGUGCGGAUAGAGAAACUGCAGGAGAUCCUGCGCCAGAAGAAGGAGACCGCCGCGGACGACGCCUCCGCCGGCUCCAUGGCAUCACAAAUGAGCGCCAAUCAAGACCCAGCGACAACACAGUCAUCGCCAUGGAAUCCUCAUCAACAAACCCCUCAGCAACAACAACCGCAGCAGGAUUCCAAUCCCAACAACCACGCUAGUUUCCAAAACGGCCCCGGCUCCGCCCUACCUUACACCCUUUACCCCGUCUCCCCUCUUAACCCGACAGCCACCGCCGCAGCAUCAGGCCCAGGCCCGUCCAUUCCCCCAGGUCAAUUUCCUCCCUACCCCAGCCCCGGCUCACCUUUCACCCCAGUGGCGGGCUACUCAGCCCGUCCUGCUUUUGGGCCUCCGGCCACUUCCUGCCCGUACCCCACCCAGCCCACGUUCCCUGGCGUCCCCGGCUCAGGGUCUGCGUUCGGGCAGUACAGCGCCCCCAACAGCGCCCCCUACCCCUCUGCGUACCCUUACAGCGGGGUUGGGGGGUAUAGCUACCCCACAGGCCCCACUCUGCCCAACUCUCAGUCCCCCACAGGCAGGCCGCUGUACAGGCCCGGGUUUGGAGUGCCACAGCCCUACUCCUGAACCACCCUCUGCUCUCACCCGCUCCCUCGACACAUUCUCCAGUCUCGCUCUCAUUUCUCUCUCUCGCUCUUUUUUUCUCACUCUUUACAUCUGUCUAACGCACACUACAUAUCUCACUUUCCUCCCUCUCUUGAGCUGCCUCCUCUCCUCCCCCCUCCCCUCCUGUCAUUCUCAAGUGCAUAACUGUCUCAGGACCUCCCCUUGUGUUCCAAUGUGUUGUCAGAAACACUCUCCCAUUGGCUGUCGGCCCCUUCACUCACCCCUCUCUCUCCUCCUAUUGGCUGUUGGCCCUUUCACUCUUCUCCCUCCCUUUGUGGAAUACUGAGCCAAUCAACAAGACCUUGGCCACGUACGUUUCAGAUAGAAAUGGAGCUGACGUGACUCCUUAUUCUACAUGUCAGAGAGCCAUGUUCUACAUAAAAUAUGUCUACACAUCAUGUAUUCCUUAUCACUGGUUUCACCCUGUAGC